UGUAAAACAGUCUUCACUCACAUGUACACACGUACACGCACUAAGAGAGAGAUGGGGAAGCUACCUAUGAUUUUGAUGGUGUUCUCAGUGGUGAUAGCCAUAUUGCCGGUAGCUCAGGGCAUUGCUGAAGACCCUGAAGCAGUGGAAGCGUGGUUCGAAAAACUAGGCCAAGCCAAGGAAAAUGUCACAAAGCUUCACUUCUAUUUUCAUGACAUAGUCACAGGCAAGAACCCAACUGCUAUUCAGGUGGCCCAAUCCAACCUAACUGCUAAGUCACCCACUUUAUUCGGCCUAGUUCGGAUGUUUGACAAUAUAUUGACGGAAGGACCCGAACCCACUUCCCAGACGGUGGGUCGAGCCCAGGGGUUCUAUGGUUCAGCCGGAUUGGAGGAAUUGAGUAUGCUCAUGACCAUGAACUUGGUGUUCACGCAGGGAAAUUACAAUGGCAGCACCCUGAGUUUUCUGGCCCGGAACCCCGCAUUGAAUCCGCACCGUGAGAUGCCCGUCGUUGGUGGGUCCGGUGUUUUCCGACUGGCGCGUGGAAUCGCUACGGCAACCACAUAUUCUAUGGAUUUUACGACCGGAAAUGCAAUUGUUGAGUACAAUGUCAUGGUCAUGCAUUAUUGAGUUUUUGUCAAAUAGUUGCUACGUAUUUCUUUUCUUUGGAAUUUGGCAAGUCUAGUUUGUACUGCUAUGAAAUGCUAUAUUGUCACUGUUAGACUUUGUCAAUUUUCUUUUGGAGUUUGGUUACCUAAUUUUUUAUUUUCAAUUCUCAUUGAUAUCAGAAAGAUUCCUUCACAUUCACAUGCAAUAA